AUGCCGCCUCGCAGAGCCCGCGCGUCGUCCGUCUCAUCCACCACCUCCGCCUCCAACCCCCUCCGACGCUCCUCGCGCGCCUCGAACCCCCCUCCCCCUCUCUCCGCUCCAAAGAACCCCUCGACGCCCUCCAAAAAGCGCAAAGUCGUUUCAUCUGGCCGCGGGAGGCGCGCGAGUAGCGUGAUGGAGGAGAGCGAGGAGGAAAGUGAGGACGACGAGGAGAGUUCUGAAGACGAGGGUACCGCACGCGGCAGGAAGCGCAAGGCUCCUUCGAAGAGCACGCCUCGCAAGAAAGUCGUCGGCGGUGCGAAAGCCCCCCGCGCACUCAAGGCCGCUCCGAAGCCCAAAGCCAUCAUUUCCGGCCUGAACGCCCUCCCGACUCGUUUCCUCCCCUUCCCUCCGCACUCGUCCUUCUCCUCCCUGACCGACUUGGACGCCCUUCCCUCCCCUUCGGACGCCCCUCGCGCAAUCUUCGUCUUCGGGACAGGCGACAUGGGCCAAAACGGGCUCGGCGUCGACGACCCCAAGGCUUUGGACGAGAUCACCCGUCCGAGGAGGCACGUUGGGUUUGUCAAGAAGGUUGAGGAGGGUGAGGAAGGGUGGGAAGGUGGAGUCGCGGAUUUGGUUUGCGGUGGGAUGCACACGCUUGCGGUUGACGGGGAGGGGCGCGUCUGGUCCUGGGGCAUCAACGACAACGCCGCCCUCGGCCGCCUCACGACCAAACCCGGUUUCACCUCUGAAGAACUCGAAGCCACGCCCGGGAUGGUCGAGAACCUCCCGAUCGAGUCGUUCAAGGCUGUCAGGGUCGCGGCGGGCGAUAGUGUCAGUUUGGCGAUUAGCGAGAGGGGUGAGGUGAGGGCUUGGGGGUCGUUCAGGGCCGCCGAAGGACUCCUCGGCUUUGACGGUUCCGCCGGCUCGUCCAAGACUCAACUCGUGCCGACCGCCCUGCGCAACCUCGACAAGCACACGAUCGUCCAGAUCGCGACGGGCGACGACCACUUCCUUGCGCUCACGAGUACCGGGAUGGUGUUCGCGUGCGGGAAUGGAGAGCAGCAUCAGUUGGGGAGGAAGAUCAUCCAGCGCCACAAGGAGCACGGCCUGACGCCGGAACGCCUCGCGUUGAAGAACAUCGUCCUCGUCGGCUCGGGUUCGUACCACUCCUUCGCGGUCGACCAGAAGGGCGAAGUCUAUGCGUGGGGUCUCAACUCGUACCACCAGACGGGCGUCUCGGACGAAGACGGCGGCUACGCCGACGUGAUCCAGACUCCUACGCUCGUCGCCUCGCUCUCGCCCUCGAAGCACGACGGCGCGCGCGUCGUCCAGAUCGCAGGCGGAGUGCACCACUCGCUGUUCCUGUUCUCGAACGGCGAGGUGUGGGCUUGUGGGCGCUCGGACGGCCACGAGGUCGGAUUGCCUGACGACCAUGCCGAGAUGGUUGCCAGCAACGAGCGCAAGCAGGAGGCGAAGCGUGCGCGUGCCGAGCGCGAGCAGCAGGAGCUCGCGUCGAUGAGGGGCGAGGACGGCGCGGUCACGCGCACGAACGAGGACGGCUCGACGAUGACUUCAGAGGAGGCCGCUCUCGCCGCUGCCGAAGCUGCGGCGCGCGGCGUCCCCCUCCCGAACGACUACAUCCCUCUCCCGACGCGCCUCUCGUUCCCCAAGGAGCCGAAGGAGUGGCAGCGCGACGUCAAGCGCGCCGACGACCUCGACGACUUUUGCACCGAGGCGACGCACAUCGUCCAGAUCGCCGCCGGCACGCGUCACAACUUUGCCGUCUCGGCUCGCGGGUACGCGUACUCGUGGGGCGUUGGAGCGAGUGCGCAGCUCGGACAAGGGCCGGAGGAGGAGAUUGAGGAGCCGACGCGCAUCUUCAACACGGCGCUCAGCGGCGUUCGGGUCUUGCGCGCCGAGACGGGCGGUCAGCACUCGGUCAUCGUCGGUAUUGACCGCGACUACGAGGACAAGAAGGCUGAGCGCGAGAAGAAACGCAAGGAGAAGGAGGAGGCUGAGGCGGCUGCCAAGAAGGAGGCUGAGCCGGUCGUCAACGGCACGGGCGAGGCGGAGCAGGACGGUGACGUUAAGAUGGCCGACGGCGAGGAGAAGAAGGAGGGAGACGCCGCUCACCCCGUGGGCGAGGCGAAGGAGCCGGUCGUCAUCGUCUGA